UAUAUAACUUGAAAAUCUGGAUAAUUAGGGUUUCAUUUUGUGCAGCUCUCUCCUUCAUCUUACUCUCUACAUCGAAUACUUACUGCUCGGUUAUCUCAGCCAACAUGGGUAAAACACGUGGAAUGGGAGCUGCCCGCAAGCUGAAGUCUCAUCGCAGGAGACAAAGGUGGGCUGAUAAGUCAUACAAGAAAUCCCAUCUCGGAAACGAGUGGAAAAAACCAUUUGCUGGUUCAUCUCACGCCAAAGGGAUCGUUUUAGAGAAAAUUGGUAUUGAAGCUAAGCAGCCUAACUCUGCUAUUAGAAAGUGUGCUCGUGUUCAGCUUAUCAAAAAUGGCAAGAAGAUUGCUGCCUUUGUCCCUAACGAUGGUUGCUUGAACUAUAUCGAGGAAAAUGAUGAAGUUUUGAUUGCUGGAUUUGGGCGAAAGGGGCAUGCUGUGGGAGAUAUUCCCGGAGUCAGGUUCAAGGUUGUUAAGGUGUCUGGUGUCUCCCUUCUAGCAUUGUUUAAAGAGAAGAAGGAAAAGCCUAGGUCUUAGAUAACUGAUUGUUAUAAACCUCAUCAAUUUUUCGUUAUGUUUGCCUGUUUAUCGAGAUGAUAUUGAGCAUUAUCCAAUGCAGAAUUUUGUGAGCAACUUUUUCUCUCUCAAUUUAGUAUUUCACCCU